AUGACAUUGAAGAAGGGCGGCCGCAGCCGAGACGACAUCAGCACCACCGCCGCCACAGUCGGUCGCAGCAUCCAGGUGUUCUACCGGCGCGGCCGCCGAGCCAAGGACAACGACGCGACCGCCGACAGGGACGUCCCAUCCUCCGCCGCCGCCCGUCGCUGCAGGUACCGGUACGUCCCAACCACAAUUGACAAUUUGGGACGAUCGAGGGAGGCCGCCGCCAUUUUCACCAACAGCGACGCCCAAGCCACCUCAAGUGGGACCGCCGCUGCCCCGAUCGCCGCGAUUGUCGUCCUGUAUGUAGUCUCCGUUGCCCCGAUCGCCGCGAUGGUUCCUUCGCGGACGCUGCGGCCUUGA